AUGAAUUAUCAGUUCAAGCAUAUACUACUGGAUAGUACCCAUUUUCAACAGAUCCGUCACUCGUUGAACUCCAGAACGAUUGGAUGGGAUGCAUUGGUUCGCUCAUCGGAGAUUAGCAAGUUUGAUGGAGAAACUACGAAGAAACUCGAAAGUGGAAUGUUGAAGAACGAAAAGAUCGAUAUGCCUUUGGAUACAGCUUUGACAGCUUUAUUACACAUUCUAGCGACAUCAAACAAUUUGGAUGUGAACAAAUGUGUUGUCAACCUUUUGUCCCAACUUUUAACUUUGGAGCCUUAUAGCGAAGAACUCAUCACACUUAUCUCUAAGAAAGACAGUAAGAAGGUGUUGUCUCAAUUCUAUGAGCACACAUUGAACAAAGGUUUAGUUGAGGAACAGUUCAAUUUGAUUUCUGCGUUCACCUUUGUUUCUUUGCUCUUGCAGUUCGAAGAUGUAGAGUUGACCUCCAAGCUUUUGGAAAACAAACAAUUCCAAAACUUGUUCAAAUCCGAACAUAAGGAUGCUGUCUAUCUAGCGAUCAGAUUGUUACAAGAAUUGACUGUCAACAAGACAUACAAGCAACUCGUCUGGUCACAACAUGCUUACUACUUGCCUAUCGUAUUCGAAUCCAUUUUUUCGAUCAACGAAUACCAACCUCAGCAAACAAACACCAACAAUUUGCAAAUCCAAUUACAGUACUAUGCUCUAAUGAUCAUUUGGUUGUUAACGUUUGACCCUAAAAUAACCGAGGCAUUUACCAAACAAUACCUAUCCCAAUAUCUCCAGCUACUUGCUCUAAUAAGAUCUACAAUUAAGGAAAAGGUGGUUAGAUUAUCUGUAUCUAUCAUUUUGAAUGGUAUCAGUGACUCCGUCAAGAACCACAAGUCAACCGUGAAGAACUUAAUUUUGCUUGGAAAUGCUAUUCCUACCUUGAACCAAAUAAUGGAGAGAAAGUUUUUAGAUGAUGAACUAAAAGAAGAUCUUGCUACUUUGAAGGAAUCAUUGGAGACAGAGUAUCACGAAUUGACAUCCUUUGAUGAAUAUAUGGCGGAAUUGAAUUCGAAGAUUUUGUUGUGGUCACCAGUUCAUCAAGAUAGUCAAUUCUGGUUAGAUAAUUUGGACAAGUUCAAGGAGAAUAACUGGAAGCUAUUUACUCAGUUGAUAGAUUUGUUGAAGGAGUUCGUUGCUGAAAAGAAGCCUUCCGCUGUAAGUCUUCAAAUUUUAUUGAAUGACAUACGUAAAGUUAUGGAAUUAGACAACGAUUCAAUUAAGAAAGUACAAAAGGACAAGUUGAUAAUAAUGCAACUUCUACAACACCAAGACUCAAAGGUUAAGUACGAAGCACUAAAGACAACUCAGGUUAUUGUUUCAAACACUUUCAAAUAA